AUGACUCGGCGAGGUGGAAGCUCUGAUGGAACGUUUUACUUUCAGGCAUGGCACGUCGCCAAGGUUGUAAGCGGGGAGUCAUGGCCUCAGAAUAAAGGCCUGGCCGACUUUGUCGAGCAGAAUGUCGGCCCCGCGACAAAGAAAUGGCUGUAUAUCAAGGGAUGCGUGCCAACCAGGGAGAAGCCCGGACUUCUCGUUCCCUACUCUAUCUGUGUCAAGUUACGCUCUCCAAAGACUGGGCAGGACCCAAAAGAGGCGGAACAGGCUCUCCUCCACUUUCGCAAUGAAGAGUUCCCCAGCCUUGCAAAGACUUACUUCAAUUCGAAGCUACGCAUAUCGCUAGACUUCUUCAAUUACUACUCCGAGGGCGCGGAUUUCGACGCUCCUCUGGCCAACUUUGAUUCUGUCAAGACUUCAAAGAGGUUGAGGGAGAAAGUCAAAUCAGCCGUCAAGUUCGUCAAAAAGGACUUUUGGGGCGACCUUGUCCAUGGAUUGGUCGAUUCUUCAAAGUCAGAGUUCAAGGCGGCUCGGUUCAUCAGGAAGCGAGGCAAAGGUAUGUACAAGGCUAUGGGGGACCCGGAGGACGUAGAGGAGAGCGACAUUGUUGACAUAUGCCUCGACCUUUCAGACCCUGCCUCCAACCCCAACAUCCUGCCUCCCACGCCGCUGCAAAACCCGCUCCCACUACCAGUCUCGCUUCCGGACACCAGCAGCUUUGCUCGUAUUGAGCAGCCCGACGUGUCUCCUUCUUCUCCUACCCGACCGAGAAAGACAUCAGAGAUCUCCGACAUCACCGUUGGCUCUACAGAUACGCGUGCUACCGAUGCUAGCUCUGUGGGCUCCGUCGAAACCGCGCAAUCUUCAGUCGUUGCUGAAGAAUCCUCCUCUUCUGAGUUGCAGGAUGCAAAGGAGGCCUCCUCCGAGUUGGCUGUAGUGGCCGAGGAAGAGGAAGCAUCCACGUCUCCGGCUGUCGAAGAAGCAGAAGUCGAAGCUGCAGUCGAAGUCGAAACCGAAGUUGAAGUUGAAGUUGACGCCGAAGCUGAUGCUGAAGUUGAUGCUGAUACCGAAGUCAACGCUGAAGCUGAGAUUGAAGCUGAGGUUGAAGUCGAAGCUGAUACCGAGGUAAAUGCUGAGGUUGAAGUUGACGAAGUUGAGGCAGAAGUCGAGGCUGAAACCGAGGUUGAAGCUGAUGCUGAAGUUGAUGUUGAAGCUGAAGUCGAGACCGAAGCCGAUGCUGAAGUUGAAGUUGAAACUGAAGUUGACGCCGCAGCUGAUGCUGAGGUUGAUGCUGAGGCCGAAAUCGAAGCUGAAGUGGAAGCUGAAGUAGAGACUGAUGCUGAUGCUGAGGUUGAAGCCGAAACUGAAGUUGAUGAAGUUGAAGCCGAGGUUGAUGUUGAUGUGGUCGAUGCUGAAGUUGAAGUUGAUGUGACGGCCGCAGAUUCGUCAGAAUCGUCAUACCGAGAGACCGCGACUGAACCUGCCGACGCUACUAGUGCUCCUGCAACAACCAUCACUCCUUCUUCCGGCGUCGUUGCCACCAGGAGAAAGAUGAAUUAUGUCUCACCUCAAGCCGCACAGACAGCCUACUUUAUGGUGCAGAAUAGCGGAAACUGGCUUCGCUACCUCAUGGCCAACCACGGCCAGGGUGCCCAAAAGCUGGGAUCUACCUUUUUCGACUCGCCCAUCAUCCUCGCUACACCUCCACAGGCCUUGAGCCCGGACGGCAUGACGCGUGUGUACUUCAUGUCACAAGCCACGAAAGAGCAAGAUGAAGUAGUUUAUGACCAGAAUGGACGCCCCAUUCAAACUCGCAAGGGCGACAAAUCAGUCAAGGAAUGGGUCGUCGGAACCGCCAAGAUCUCGACCCAGGCUCUCACCAUGCAUCUUGGCAAGCAGCUCGAGAAUAGGAAUGCCAGACUCCUACCAGCGCCUCCGCCCGCGGUGCGCGAGGUCGACUCGGUCGUUGGUCCCAACAACCGACUGAUAGAGAUGACCGAUGCGCCAGGCAUUCCUCAAGCUAUCCUAGUCACAACGCCCCCUGUCGAGGAUGUCCGGGAGGGCGAUAUUGUGCAGGAAGAGCACGAUGACGGCUUUGUUCAUAUCGAGACCAACGUCCUCAACCAGCUGGUCGAGGAGGUAUCUGAUAAUGCAGACAACGUCGAUAAGAAGGGCAAGGGAGUGAUGAAGGCCGAGAGGAAAUCCCGUUCCAAGGGCAAGCUUCCGAGCACCAAACACAGAUCCAAGACAGACAAAUCAAGGAUCAAGAAGACGACCAAGGUGGAUCAAACGACGGAUGCCGGUACAAGCGCGAGGGCACAUGUCAGGUUUGAUAUCCCGGUUGACGCUGAUAGCGUCCCGCCUCGCAAACCAUCCAAGGUAUAUACUCCUCCUUUCAGCCGGAAAUCUUGGCGAGAUGUGGAGCCUCAGAUUGAGCCACAGGUCAUGUACGAUGCCACGAGCGGAUACAACUUUUUGCAAGUGGAAGACGUCCAAGUCUUUUCAUUCUCGACGUCCUCCCACGACACGGUGCUGCGCACUGCUCCCGUCGCCCCCGCGGCGGUUGAGGAGGGCGAGGGCAUCGGUGUCUGGUCACCUCCCGUUGUCGGCAUUUUCUCUUGGAUGUGGGAUUAUUUGGGAGGGGCGCCCAAGGUUGCUCCUGUGCAUUAG